CCUCGGAGCGCCCAGUGACGUCAGAGGAGGCGACGGAGAGGAGUCGCAGGACCCGUGGUGUGAGACUGGGCUGCGGGGCUCUGACCGAACUCCGCGCUACGUCAGCCACUCUCGGACUUUCCGCGGAACCCUGCGUCCAUACGUUAAAGCGGCUGCGCGCGUAACAGGCCCCAUCCCACGAACACGCGGACGCCCGUGUCUUCACCCAGAUGGCGUAUUUUGGUGGCGAUCCCAAUUUCUGCUCUCAGUGUGGGAACGUGCUGCCUCUUCCGGGGAUACAAGACGUCGUGCGCUGCCCCCGCUGCUCCUUCUGCAUCCCGGGAUCAGAGUUCUCAGGCCGGGAGAUCCGCUCUACUCUCGUGUUGAACCCAGAGAAGCAGUCGUCGUUGGCUCUGAAGGACGAGGAGGACGCUGAACUGAAGGGACCAGUGAUUGACAGACGCUGCCCUCGUUGCAAUAAAGAGGGAAUGGUUUACCACACCAGGCAGAUGAGAUCUGCAGAUGAAGGACAGACUGUCUUCUUCACCUGCACACACUGCAGGUUCCAAGAGAAGGAAGAUUCCUGAGAAGACGUUAAACUCCAUUCGUGGUUGUGUCCCCAUGUCACUCUUUUGGAUGCUUCCCAACACAUGGAUUGUCAAUCUUGGACUGGGCUCUUGCCCUUUGGUUUAGCUAAUGACACUGCUGAGCUUCUUACCUCCUGUUGUGGCAGUGUAAUACACCUCAUUAGUGGUUUAUUUAUUAUAAUUCCAUUACACGGUAAGUUUUCACUAUCUGUCUUUACUUGAUAUGUACACUGGGUGGUGCUGUUCUUGGGUCCUGUGCUGACUGGUCAUUAUUGACAGCAGGUGUUGGACCCCGGAAAGUGAAAGGGUUUUGACCUUUGACCGCUGUCUCAGUAAGGGGGAGUCGGCUCCACUGUGAACAAAAGGAGUAUCUGUACAAUAGCAGAACCAAAUAAACUAAAACCAACAGCAAAGUGAACGUGUCGUGGAUUAUGUCUACGAUCAAAC